UGGAGCUGCUCACAUAUGCGGGAGACAAGGCGCAGUUACUGCACCGUCAUUCAAGGAGGAUUUUUCCGUUUCUGUUUUUUGAGCGUGAAUUUGUUCUACUUUCCUCCCGUGACCGACUGAUGGAAAGGGCAUCCUGCUAGGGGCCACCUAGCGCCAUGUCCGUCCUAACAAGCGCGCGAGCUACAGUCAGAUAACAAAACAUUUGACCAAUUAAAGAGGACAGACGCCGCCAGCUUCCUCCACCGAUGGCCUUUUUCAGGCAGCUGCAGCUUCUUCUCUGGAAGAAUGGACUGGCAGUCAUCAGACAGCCGAUAUGGUCCUUGACUCUGAUCAUCUGGCCUCUGAUCAUCUUCAUCAUCAUUGCUGUGACCCGCAACCAGUUCCCUCCAGUAAUAAAAGAUACAUGUUAUGUGGGACCCCGAAACCUCCCCAGUACGGGCUUCUUCCCUUUCCUGCAGACCCUCAUGUGCAACACAGACAGCAACUGUCAUAACAAAUCACGCCUGGUGGACCCAGCUGCAUCAAAGUCAACUCACAGAUCCUCAAGGAAUGAAAGAUCGCCCCUUCUGCUGAAGGAUUCCCCGCUGGCAGACCUGAUGCAGGGGGGAGAUUUUUUCAAAUUCACCAGGGACACCAGCAAUGAUACCGCACCACUGAUUGAGGCCUUGAACAACAUUCUGGGUCCAGCUUACCAAGGAAGCUCUAAUAAUGGCUCUCUCAUGAACACCAUCAAUACCACCACUCUGGGAGAUCAGGAGACCUUGAACAAAAUACUGGGGUCAGUGAACCUGUUGAAGAGGCCCAUCUGCACCAUGGCGCUGCCCAUGAUAGACACCAUCUCACCCAACCCCUUCUCCUAUGCUGUGGUCACUUUCUGCAAGUCCAACGAUACUGUGCUUGAAGUCUCACUCCACACACUCAACCAGAUACUGAUGGAGCUGAUGCUGACAAAACCAGAUGAGAUGGCGUCGGUGGCUGGGAUGGCGGUGUUGGUGUUUGAUCAGCUGCAAAAUCAGAAAUCACUGUGGGAAAGCCUUCUAGCUAUUCCCCAGCUCUUGUCUCCUGGUUCUGUUGACCAAGUGCUGGGCAGCGCAGAGGCCCUACUCACCAACAUACAGGGUACUAUGCAUAUCAUCCAGAGCAAUUUCCCUGAAGCCGGUGCCUCACUUUCCACGGUGCAGCCACUGCUUGUUGGAGGCAUCAACCUGAUCAACUAUGUUCAAAACUGGCCUGGCAAAGAUGUGUCCAUUUCCCUCGGAGAGGUUGUCACGUUGCAGAAUGGCUCGCUAAAUGAAAUGGUGAAACGUGUUCUACAAGAGGUCAAGAUACCACUGGACAAGGCUAUUGGCCUGACUUUGGACAAGGACAUGGUGCGUUUGUACUUGUGUGACAGCAGUAGCCCGAUGUGGCUAACAGCAGCGUGCAGUACAGGCACUGUGGACAUGCUUCUGGGCUGGAUCAGCCCUGACAAGGUGGUAAAGCAGGCUCUCCUGGCAUGGAGUAAGCAUGUUGCUCUACAUGAUGUGUCCUUCGCCAAAGGGCUGCUGAACAGUCUGAUGGGAGGUUUAUCCCCAGGAGGACAGGGAGGCUCCAACAUCACGAGGACCCGGCGUAGAGUAGAUACACAACCACAAAACAUUGAGGAGGAGCUGUUUUUGGGGGUCGGUCAAGUGGUGAUGGAGAUUAUAAAACUUGUGCCUGAGGUGGAUAUGGUUGUCCAGAGCAUCCUCAGAACUGGCUUUCAGUCCGUGAAGUCAGCGGCACUGGCCCUUGAUACUGUAGAAGAAAUGAUGGCCAAUGUCCUGAAAGAUGCUGAUCAGCUCCAACUGACUUAUCAAACGUUGCUGACAAACCAGUCUGUGGCAAGCGUUUGGAUUGGUCAUGUCCUUGACAGUGUGAUGGGAAUUAUUAUGAAGAGUCUGGCAUCUGAGUCUUUAACAUGUGAGGAUCUCUUGAGUCCCUUCGAGUGGCUCUUAAACACAGAGAGCAUAAAGACUGAGGUGUGGAGAUCAAUGAUCUGCCAGAACAGCUCCACUCUGCAGCAAGCUCUACUUAUGGACUGGCUGCCAUUGAUUCAGAAGGCACAAGAAGUGGACAGCACCCUCACAGGCCAAGCAGACUACAAUGUAACACUUCCCAUGAUUCUCUCUGAGUGGCACAAGUUGUACAAUAACAGUAUGCAAUUUGGAGUGUUUUUGGACAGACUGGCCACAGAGCUGGGCAGAGCAUACUGGAUGAACUGGAUGCCAGACAACAGCACUGACGAUAUUACUGGCACUCUUCAACAAAGUGUUUUCUUGUUCAUGGUGAAUUUUGGAGAAACUAUUGAGAAGAGUCAGAUGUGGCCCGAGGUAAAGAACUAUUUCCACAUGGUUUACUGGAUUUUGAACUACAGGCCUGGCCUCACAACUCAGCCAGCACACUGUUCUGUUAACAUCUCCACCUUAGCCAUUCAUUGCGAUACUGGUUUGAACUGGCCACAGUUUGUUCAAGCAAUGACUGAGACUCUGAUGUCACCAAACCAAGACGUCCUGGUGAAUUGUCUCAAAGGAACUGUGAAUCUGUUGCAGUAUGUGUACGGUGACAUCUAUAAACAUCUGGCAGGAUCGUAUUUGAAACAAGAAAUCCAAGGUGGCGAUGCGCUCUCUGCCUACCUGAUUAACCUGAUGCAUAACUUGGAUGGCUUUGUCCAGACGAUCUCUAUCCUUCCUGACCAAAACAUCUCUAACCCUGAUGUCAUGCUUCCCCUCAUUGGUAACCUGUUACAGUCCACAGGUCUGACACCACUGCUGCCUCUGCUCCUCAGUGAUGGUCCCCUCAAUGUCUCCGCAGUGCUUGAUGUUGCCUCAAAGCUUGGCAGUCUCAACCAGCACAUUUUUACCUUCAAUGAGACAGACCCAACAAUGCCUGAACUGGAACGGUUGAUAAUGAAGUUCCUGUCCUUGGAGGGUAACCUCACCAUGUCUUUCUCCCACAUCAUGGGACACACUCUGCUUACCUAUUCAGGCUACUUCCACCCUGACGAUGUGGCCCGUCUCAGAGAAGCCAUCCAGCCUUUCACCAACCAGACCUCAGCAGGCUUUGUAGAGGCCAUCCUCAGUGCCAUGGAGCUACUGAAGACAGUGAUGGAUUCUCAAAAUGGUGACCCAACUAACUUCAUUCUUGGGUACAUACAGCAGCUUCAAGAAUUUGUGAUGUCUCUGUAUAGACUGCGGAAAAUCCAACAUCUCCCGUUACCGAGUGGGCAGCUGAGCACAGCACAAGUCACUGACCUCCACCUGCUUUCCAAGGACUUUCUCAACCUCCUCACCCCCGAGAGCCUUCAGAACCUGACUCAGGCUGGACCAGAUGCUGCCCAGAACAUUGUUACACAGAAAUUUGUAGCAUUCCUACCACCUGAGGUCCAACAGGAAGCUUCUCGCUUUCUCCAGGAUUUCAAAGCUCUGCAGUAUUGGACAACUAAUUGUACACCAGGCCAGGACUGUUUGGAUGCAAUCUCAGAAAUCUUCACAUUCUUGGAUCAGAUAUUAGACAUGAUGCUCUCGGCCAACGGUAAUGUCACCAUCAAAAUAGCUGCAAUCAACUCUGUUCUGGGGGGACGGGAAUAUGAGGAAAUUACAUCCAUGUUCUUCUCACUCCUCCUAUCCUCAAAUGAUGCUGCCUAUGUGGAAACAUUCAAACAGACUCUUCAUUUCAUCAGAUUGAUCAUGGCUACACCAGAUAUUAGUGUGUCUGAUGUCCAGAAUGCUCUGAGACAGUCAAACCUAACCCUUGAAGAGCUGAACAGCAUUGCUGCACUAGCUGGAGCUGCCAACAUAAACAACCUGAUGGUAAAUAUAAUGGAGAUUAUCAAAGCUCGCCAUUGUUUUGAACCACAGCAUAACCCGAUGGUGACAGCCCAAUGUGUUAUGGGAUUGAUAAAUGGGGUCAGCAGUUUCCUGACACAGAUACCUGCUCUCCGUAAUGAGACAGCCAUUUUCUCCCUCAUCCCAUUAAUCGUCAAUAACACUAUCAGCGAUGUCUUCCAAGUUAACUUCAGCUCCAAUCCUAACAUGGCUCUUGUGCACACCCUGAACAGCACCUUGGCCAAUGUCAAGAUGAGCCUCCAGCUGAACCACCUGAACACUCUGGAGAUCUUAAAUGAAAUCAGAGUGCUGGAGGGUCUGAUACAGCUAGUUGCCGACCCAGAACCAUUCAACAAUAAUGUUAACACCACCUUGUUUACGAACCCCAUGUAUGCUCAGGAAGUAUAUCUGGAGAUUGUGGAUUGGUACUUGAAAAGGCUGGAAAAUAUCACCAGCAACAGCUCAGUCUCAGUGCUCCUCCAUCCCUUUUUCUACCUCACACAAAUGCAAGUGACAUUACAGCUGGCACAGACAGAUUUCUCUUUGUUUGUGAGUAACCAGGUUGAGUUCCUGAUAAAAAGCCUCCAGUACCCAAUAGAUGGUGAAGGGGUGAGUAAAAUUGGCCAGACAACAGUUGAGAUUCUCCAGCGUUUAUUUGAAUUCAUAAAGGUCAACCUAGAGGUUCAGAAUAAUGUUCCAGGUUCAGAGCCGUUGUUCAACACAACCAUUCUGCAUGCCACUGAGCUCCAAGUUAAGCUAUACCUCGACCUCAUACAGAAGUGGAUGAAACAACCCAAUGUCCCAUUGGUCCUCACUAGUAUGCUCCAAUGGGGAAACUCCUCCAUGAAUGUCUCUACCCCUGUGACAGACUUCCAGAACCUGCUGCAGACAAUGGUUAAUAUUGUCAGUGAUGAUCAACUGGCAUACCUCUCCAUCACUGACAAUAUUACCCAGUCCCUGAGCAAAGCCCUAAUGGUGGCAGAGCAACCAGAUGGCCUACAGAGUGACCACUUUUCAACCGCCAUCUUGGAAGCAGUCCAAAGUGCUAUGCAGAUCCUGACUGCUGGCCCCCUGCCGCCCUCUGUACAGCAGAACAUCCUGGAAAUUGUGCAGGACUCACUUAAGCUCUUUGUCCAACCAGACAUGAGUUUUGCCUCAUCACGUAACAUCUCCCUCCUAAUCCUCAAGAGGGUUGAGAGUGUCAUCCAACAGACCAUACCAGAAAUGUUCGCUGAAUACCUGCUUUCUGGAAUGAAAGUAGCAACCGCAUUCUUUGAGAGUAUCUCCACAGCCGGUGGACCAGACAGCUGGAAUCAGAUAAUUUUGAAUGAGAUGAAGACAGUCCAGAGCCUCCUGCCGCCAAACUGCACAGCCCAGGCCUACGUUUCUGUCCUCAUUAACAUCACUCAAUUCAUCUUGGAGUCUGGCCAAGGCAACAUGAGUCUCUUUGAGAGUGCAUCAGCAGAAAAUUUGCCACCAAUUAUUGGCCAGAUGGGCAAACUCUUGAACAUGAUUUGGCCAGUUGUAAUGAGAGGCCCAGGCUCACACACAACUGCUCCACCUCUGGAGGGCUUUGCUCAUCUUGCUCCAGUCCUGGAGCAGGUGAUGACUGGGAAGGCAGACCAAGAAACGUGGGACAAACUUGAAAUGCUGCUAGAAGCCCUACUGUCAACCCUCAAAGGAACACAGCUAUGGGACCAUGUCCCAUCUGUUAUUCCACUCUUUGAAAAAAUCAUAGGAAGUACGGUAACCAACAUGCAAGCAGAGAACGUGAUGAUACUAAGCCUUCAGAUGCCCAUGGUGACCCUGAUGAGAGAAAUUGCACAGUCUGUGAACACCAGUCAUUUUAACUUGUCUGAGGUCUCGGAAAGAAUGCAGCUUGCCAUUGAACGCACGGUGCAGGCAGCUCAGCAGGCUAAUGGCACAUUGGAGUGUAGUGAAGCUCUCAAAGCAUGGGAUCCAGUAAGAGAGGCAGCGGGGUUAAGCCACGCCACCAUGACUAUGUGGUGCAACAUCAACCUGCAGCCUGUUUUUGAGGCCUAUAAUGCAACCCAGACUGUCUACGCCCACCUGAACAUGAGUCACAUGGGGGUUGGACCAAUAACUGUGAGCGCCACAGCUGCCAGGAUUGUCAAGACUCUACAGUCACUCUACAAAGUCAACAUUAAUUGUACACUUGUGACAGAGGAGCUCAUCAUGGCUUUUGCCAGGCAGCUCUCUAUGCUGGCAGGCCAGCCUCUGAGCCCUGAGGCCCAGCUUCACUGGUACAAGCAGCUCCAGGACAUGCAGUUGAAAAACAGUUUGACUUCCUUCAAGUUGGUCUUAGAUGAGCUGCUAAGCGUGGCCCCAUUCCUCCAGCCUUACAUUGAAGCUGUAGAGAAAGCACUGAGCCACAUCCUGGACAACUACCAUCUCAUGCAAGACAGCAGCUCAUCCAAGGGCCUCUUCGGAGAAGCAGUAAUGAUCUUCCUAUCCUCUGCAAACAUCACCUCGGAAGACAUGUUCUCCAUGAUGUGGGGAAAUUCUUCUGGACUCAAUGAAGCAUCUGUUACUGACAUGAUGAAGGAAGCUGUAAAACUGAUGAUGGACAUGCAGAUAUUUGGGGAUGCUCCUAUGGUUUACCAAGCUUUGGAGCAAUUUCUGGCAUCCAACAACACUAGCUUGAUUUUGCAGAAAUUGGCCGAGAUGUCUGCAUGGUCGGCCUCCACUCAAGCAUCCGGACUGGAUCUGCUGACUCAGGCUCUGCCCAAAAUCUACGACAUCCUCAGGCCUCUCUUGUCUGUUCUGACCCAGAUGAAUAUGGACAUGCCAGCAAACACAGAGCUGUUUGAAGACCUAGCUGGAAACAUAAUUGCAAUGCUGAGGCAGUUGGUAAGCACCAGUGGUCUUCUGGCCCCCAUGGACCACCAUCCGAAUGUGUUUCAGCAGGAAGCUACAGGCGGUAACCAUACGAUGAGGGUCCGACAAAGACGCGAGGCCCUGAUGCUGACAAGGGACCCCAUGGAUGACUUCAUAGACCUGUUCUACAUUGACUACCCUGCCCUGUUCAAAGCCAUCGCCAUCCUUCCUACGACAGCAGAAAUGAUGGAGACAGUCCACGUGUUCUUUGCCAAUCCUGAUCUAAACGUUGUGGUGAAGGGAGCUACAAGCGGCAUGCCGUGGGGUUUGAAUGCCUCUCGGGAAGAGACCAUUGAUGCUGCCCUUGGGGUGCUCUCCUUCCUCACUUUCCCCGACGCGUUUCAGACUUUGACUUCCUUCAAGUUGGUCUUAGAUGAGCUGCUAAGCGUGGCCCCAUUCCUCCAGCCUUACAUUGAAGCUGUAGAGAAAGCACUGAGCCACAUCCUGGACAACUACCAUCUCAUGCAAGACAGCAGCUCAUCCAAGGGCCUCUUCGGAGAAGCAGUAAUGAUCUUCCUAUCCUCUGCAAACAUCACCUCGGAAGACAUGUUCUCCAUGGUGUGGGGAAAUUCUUCUGGACUCAAUGAAGCAUCUGUUACUGACAUGAUGAAGGAAACUGUAAAACUGAUGAUGGACCUGCAAAUAUUUGGGGAUGCUCCUAUGGUUUACCAAGCUUUGGAGCAAUUUCUGGCAUCCAACAACACUAGCUUGAUUUUGCAGAAAUUGGCCGAGAUGUCUGCAUGGUCGGCCUCCACUCAAGCAUCCGGACUGGAUCUGCUGACUCAGGCUCUGCCCAAAAUCUACGACAUCCUCAGGCCUCUCUUGUCUGUUCUGACCCAGAUGAAUAUGGACAUGCCAGCAAACACAGAGCUGUUUGAAGACCUAGCUGGAAACAUAAUUGCAAUGCUGAGGCAGUUGGUAAGCACCAGUGGUCUUCUGGCCCCCAUGGACCACCAUCCGAAUGUGUUUCAGCAGGAAGCUACAGGCGGUAACCAUACGAUGAGGGUCCGACAAAGACGCGAGGCCCCGUUGAUGCUGACAAGGGACCCCAUGGAUGACUUCAUAGACCUGUUCUACAUUGACUACCCUGCCCUGUUCAAAGCCAUCGCCAUCCUUCCUACGACAGCAGAAAUGAUGGAGACAGUCCACGUGUUCUUUGCCAAUCCUGAUCUAAACGUUGUGGUGAAGGGAGCUACAAGCGGCAUGCCGUGGGGUUUGAAUGCCUCUCGGGAAGAGACCAUUGAUGCUGCCCUUGGGGUGCUCUCCUUCCUCACUUUCCCCGACGCGUUUCAGACGUCAUCAAUGCAUCUCCUGAUGAAUGCUGCUGAUAUGCUUCCCGAUGGCUUUCCAUUCUCCUCUGUGCUUAAGAAUAUCACCAGAGUGCUUGCCAGGGAAUCUCAAGAAAACCUGAUCCUCAUGCAACAGACCGUCCAAACAGCUGCUGAGCUCCUCCAGAUCAGCCUGACGGACCCGCGAUUCACAGAGCAUCUUGGCCACCUGGGAUCCCAGGUGUGCACCUUGGAGAAUACGGAGUCUGUGCAUCUGCUGAUGUGGGCCCUCUCCAUGGAGCCUGGUCAGCUGUGCCACACUUUUCUACCCAGCUUGCAGAUCUUGGCUGAGAGUCUGAUGAUGGACACAACCUCUCUGACAGAUGCCAUCUUCCAGGCCUUCAUCGGAGACCCUAGCACCUACAAUGUCCAGUCAAACUGGACCUCUGUGUUGAGUCAAGGUUUGAACUUUGACAUCAGCAGCCUGAGCUCUCUCAACAUUAACAUCACCUCCCCAGGAGCGGUGGCAGUCGGUGAGAUGCUUAGGAAUAAAUCAGCCUUUGCUGUGGAUGUUCAGCAACACAUGGAUUUUGAUCCAACUGCUCUCCAUCUCCUGAUGGAAACCACUCUACCAAACAACAAUUUAGUGAUCCUGUCCUGGUUGGUCAACCUGCGUCACUGCAACGCCACAGCAUCCUUGAAUAUGACAGAGACAGAUGUUGUCAUCUUAAAGACCUUCUGCUCCAUGUCUGUUGAACAGUGGUACAGCUUCUCAUUGCUUAUGGCACGACAUCUCAACAUGGAGAAAGUCAUCUACAGAAUGGUGUUGCCUGAAGAAAUGCAGAACCUGGUGGGAGGUAUGCUUCAGAUGGCCGUGGUUAUAUCCAACAUGAUGGACAAGAUUCUUCCUGCCGUUGGUCAGCUACAAAGCUACCUGCUCUCCAUCCAAGACCUCAACCUGGUGGCCAACAAUGAAUUUAACCAAAUGGUGAGAGGACAGAGGUCCAGCAUGUCUAGCCAAGCUACAUUCGUCACCCUCUCUCGAGCGUUGUGCAGUAACGGCAUCCUGGCUUUGUUUGGAAUCUCCAAACUCCCUGUCAUGUCAGAGUCGAACUCCUCCUUCCCCAACAACAACCAGCGGGAGGAGAUGAUUGAGAGGUUCAAGAUUCCACGAAAUGCCACUCCCUUCUGUAUGAACAUGUACCUGGACAUGGUCAGUACCAAAGGAGGAGCCAUUGCCUGGGCCUUCCUCAAACCAAUGCUGAUGGGACAAAUUCUCUACACCCCUGACACACCCGUCACCAGGGCCAUAAUGGAGAAGGCCAAUGCCACCUUGCAGGAGUUUGCAAAUCUGAGGAAGUACUCAGAGGACUGGAUUGAAUCCUCCAACUACAUCAUAAACUCUGCCAAAAUACUCGGUCUCACUUUGCCACUGCUGCAGAAUUCCCUCGGCAAUUCCUUUGUGAAGAAUUUCAUUGAGAUGCAGACAGACAUCAAUGUCGGCAGAAUGAAGGAGACGCUCAGCAACUUCUCUAACAUGACAGUCAUGCUGGAGAAGAACAAGCACGUACUGAAUCAAAUCACCACGUUGUCCACCCUGAUGGUGGAGCUCUCCUCCUGUAUCAAGUUUGACCGCUACAGUGGCUACAACUCUGCCGACCAGCUCGACGCUGUAGCUUAUGACCUUGCCAAAAACCGUGAUCUCUACGCAAGUGUCAUUUUCAAGCUUCCCAAAGACGAGGACUCAUCCAGGAAGCGUCAGGCCAGGUCUUCCUCCACCACAUCCUCCCUGCCUCCCAAAGUCAGCUACACUAUCCGCAUGCACAUGGACAACGUCAUGCGAACUGACAGAGUCCGGGACCCCUAUUUUGUGAAGGACACACAUAUCUCGGCCAGGCAGACGAUGCGCUACAACCGGGGCUUUGUCUACCUGCAGGAGAACAUUGACCGGGCUAUCAUUGAGACCCAGACUGGACAAAGAGUCACAGAGCCAGCCGUCCAGCUGCAGCCCUUCCCCUAUCCCUGCUACCACCGGGAUGAGUACCUGGAGGCCAUCUCUUUUGUCUUCCCACUCUUGCUAAUGAUGGCCUGGGUGCUGUUCGUGGCUGACUUUGUGAAGAAACUGGUGCAUGAGAGAGAGCUGAGGCUGCAUGAGUACAUGAAAAUGAUGGGAGUCAACCCGCUCAGCCACUUCUUUGCUUGGUUCCUGGAGUGCGCUGCCUACCUGGUGUUGACCAUCUUAAUCCUCACGCUGGUGCUGAAGUACGGCAGCAUCCUGCCCAACAGUGACGGCUUCCUCCUUUUCUUGUACCUCUGUGACUAUGGUUUGAGCAUCCUGGCCUUCAGUUACCUGGUCAGCUCCUUCUUUGACAAGACCUACAUUGCCGGUCUUAGUGGCAGCCUCCUUUACAUCCUCUGCUUCUUUCCCUUCAUUGUGGUCAUGGCUGUGGAGACGAGUCUCACCUUUUCCCAGAAGAGCGCCCUGAGUUUGUUUUCCCCAUCCUGUUUUAGUUAUGCCAGUCAAUAUGUCUCUCGCUAUGAGUCCCAAGGAGAAGGCAUUCAUUGGAGCAACUCAUACACAUCGCCCAUAGCUGAAGACACAGCUUCAUUCGGUUGGCUGUGCUGGAUGAUGCUCAUCGACUCUAUCCUCUACUUCAUCAUCGGGGCUUACAUCCGCAUGGUCUUCCCAGGAAAGUACGGCAUCCCUUCUCCAUGGUACUUCCCCUUCAAAGCCUCCUUCUGGGCCGACCUAUGCUGCUGCGUUAAGUCAAACAGAAAGGUGGGCAGAGGACUCCUCUUCACCAACAUCAUGCAGAAAAACCAGCCUGUCUUCUCCGAUGAUAAGGGAAAAGGCCGGAGCACUCUUUCCUCUCAGGACGGUGAGGAUUUCUCAGAGCUCCCAGUGGGCGUUGCCCUCCUUGGUCUCAGCAAGAACUAUGGCAACCGAGUAGCUAUUCAAAACCUUAAUGUUUCCUUCUAUGAGGGCCAUGUCACCUCACUGCUUGGUCACAAUGGAGCCGGCAAGACCACCACCAUGUCUCUCCUGACUGGCCUUUUUGCCCCAUCUUCGGGCACUAUCGAAGUGUAUGGCCAAGACAUGCAGACCAACAUCGAUGACGUUCGCAAAGAGCUAGGGGUGUGCAUGCAAUAUGAUGUCCUCUUUGACCACAUGACCACCAAGGAGCACCUGAUGCUGUACGGCCAGAUCAAGGCCCCACACUGGUCACGCAUGGAACUGCGUGAACAAGUCCGCACGAUCCUAGAGGAGACAGGCAUGUACGCUCACAGACACAAGCGGGUGGGCAGCCUGUCGGGCGGCAUGAAGCGCAAGCUGUCAAUCUCCAUUGCCUUCAUAGGGGGCUCUCGCUUGGUGGUGCUGGAUGAACCCACCACAGGAGUCGAUCCCUGCUCUAGGCGCAGCAUCUGGGACAUUGUUAUCCAGCAUAAGAAAAAUCGCACCAUCAUUAUGUCCACCCACCACCUGGAUGAGGCUGAAGUACUGAGCGACCGCAUCACUUUCCUAGAGAGAGGAGAAUUAAAAUGCUGCGGAUCCCCCUUCUACCUGAAAGACAAGCUGGGCCAGGGCUACAAACUCACUCUCACCAAGAAGAUGCAGAACCUAGAAUCUGAGCAGAUUGACAAUGCUGAACUGAAGGCCUUUAUUCAAGCUCAUGUGUCCGAAGCGCGACUGAAGGAGACCCAGGGGGGCGACCUGGUCUACUCACUGCCCCCCUUCACCUCAUCCAACUCCUCCUCAUACCGCUCCCUCCUGACCGCACUGGACUCCAACCUGGACGCCCUGCAGCUGGGGGGCUAUGGCAUCUCUGACACUAGCCUGGAGGAGGUGUUCCUCCAGCUGACUCAUGGAAACACAGAUGAUGGGUCUGAGGACGGCCCCCAGUCUAUCUCAGAGACGGUUUCUGACACUGGAUCCAUUGACAGCUUCCCUUCAGACUCCAGUGGAGGCAUCUCCAACUUUGGUGACAAGACCAAGCUUACUGGUUCGCCCAUGGUGCGCAGCAUGGCCCUGGCCUGGCAGCAGAUGACAGCCAUACUGAUCAAGAGGUUCCACCACAGCCGCAGAGACUGGAAGGGCCUGAUCUCCCAGAUCCUGCUUCCUAUUCUGUUCAUAGUGUUUGCUAUGGGCCUGGGUUCCAUCAAGAGCGACCUGCAACACUAUCCUGAGCUGGAGCUCAGCCCUGCGCUUUACAACUUCGAACCAAGCUACUCUUUCUUCAGUAAUCAAAAUCCUGACUCCAGCCACCUGACGGACACCAUGAUAUCAUUCCCUGGGAUCGAUAACGCCUGCCUUGACAAGUCCAGUAACGAGGUCUGCACAAGAAGCUCAAACAAAUGGAUUUCCAGAGGGAACAGCUCCAAAGCAUUUAGUGUCUGUAAAUGCACCCAUAAGGAACAGAUUUGUGACGGGGACAACUUCCAGCCCCCCCAUAAGAAAAUCCCUUCAUCUCAGAUUGUGUAUAACCUGAGUGGGAUCAAUGUGGAGAACUACCUGGUGGCCACAGCAAAUAACUUUAUCAGGAACAGGUAUGGUGGCUUUGCUUUUGGCAUGCCUCUUCCUCCUGACUUACAAAUGGACCUAAGAGUGGUUCCCAAAAACCGUACUCUGUCUAAGGUCUGGUUCAACCCUGAGGGCCACCACACAAUGCCAGCAUACUUAAACAGCCUCAACAACUUCAUCCUACGCUCCAAUCUUCCAUUGGACAAGGAUCCACGUAAAUAUGCCAUAUCAGUUUCCAGUCACCCCUAUUUCGGCCGGCCGGAUGAUGAAGAUGCAGUUGUCCAGGGAAUGCUCCAGAUCCUAGUGGCUAUGUGUGUGAUGACGGGUUAUUCAAUCACAACAGCCAGCUUCGCCAUCUAUGAAGUCAACGAGCACCACAGCGGCUCCAAGAGGCUCCAGCACAUCGCUGGCAUCAGCGAGCCCUUCUACUGGGCUGUGAACUUCUUUUAUGACAUGGUUAUCUAUCUGAUCCCUGUGACCUUGACUGUUAUUGUGAUCGCAGCCUUCCAGAUUCCAGCAUUCACAGAUCAGCAAAAUUUGGGUGCUGUCACCCUGCUGCUGGUGCUCUUUGGGUUUGCUACCUUCCCAUGGAUGUAUCUGUUAUCAGGCGUCUUCAAGGAUGCAGAGAUGGCUUUCAUCACCUAUGUGUGCAUCAACCUCUUCAUCAGUCUGAACACCAUCAUGACCACCUCCAUUCUAUACUUUCUGGGUCAAAUUUCAAUGCGCAACCCUGAGGUCAUCCAGGGUAUCUUCAAGAAGCUGAGCCACGCCUUCCUCAUCUUCCCCCAGUUCAACUUUGGGAACGGGAUGAUUCAGCUGGCCAGGAUGAACAUAGAGGUCCAGAUCCUCAGCGGCUACGGCAUUGACACCUAUCAGAACCCAUUCUCCACAGAUGCCCUUGGCUGGAUGUUCAUCUCCUCCUUCAUCCAAGGCCUGGUCUUCUUUAGCCUGCGCCUCCUGCUCAACAAGUCUCUCAUGCGCAAAGUCAGUCAUCUUAUUUGGGGCAGAAAGACUGUGCCCAAGGUGGCUUGUGAGGAUGAGGAUGACGAUGUGGCGGCUGAGCACCUUCGUGUGUCCAGUGGAGCAGCCAGCUCAGACAUACUGCAGGUCAAUCAGCUCACUAAAGUCUAUCAACACCUCAAGAAGAAGGUCUAUGCUGUCAAGAGGCUCUCUGUGGGCAUCCCUGCGGGAGAGUGCUUUGGUCUGCUGGGAGUGAACGGAGCAGGAAAAACUACCACCUUCAAGAUGCUGACUGGAGAUGUUAGCCCCACUGAUGGCACAGCACAGAUUAGGGACUGGGAUGGGCAAUUGGUAGACAUCAUGGAGUGUCGUAACAAGGGAAUCAACAUCGGCUAUUGUCCCCAGGUGGAUGCACUGGACGAUCUGCUCACUGGAGAAGAGCACUUGUACUUCUACGCUCGCAUACGAGGCAUCUCAAAGAGGGAGAUAGAUGCGGUGGUGAACUACCUACUGAAGAGGCUGGAGCUGAACUACCACAGAAACAUCAUUACUGGUGGUUACAGUUGUGGCACCCGCAGGAAGCUCUCCACUGCGCUGGCUCUCAUCGGACAUCCGCAAAUCCUGCUCCUGGAUGAGCCAAGCUCCGGCAUGGACCCUCGCACCAAGCGUCACCUGUGGAAAAUCAUCUCUGAGGAAGUGAAAGGAAAAUGUGCCGUGGUCCUCACCUCUCACAGCAUGGAGGAAUGUGAGGCACUGUGCAGCCGUCUUGCCAUCAUGGUGAAAGGUCAGUUCCGGUGCCUGGGCUCCCUGCAGCACAUUAAGAACAGGUUCGGCAGCGGGUUCACUGUGAAGAUGUACUUGGCCAAGGCCUCCUGUGACACAGAGGCAAUCACUGGCUUCAUGCAGCGCCGAUUCCCCAGCACGUAUCUCAAGGACCAGCACUCCACUAUGGUGGAGUACCACAUACCUGUUGCUCCAGGAGGGGUGGCUGACAUCUUCGACCAGCUCGAGUCCAACAAGAAUGCUCUGCAGAUCAAACACUUCGCUGUGAGCCAGACCACACUGGAUGAGGUCUUCAUCAACUUUGCCAUGGGAAAGAUUGACAUGGAAACCAUUCCAAUUCACAGCGAAGAUGAAUGUGAUGGCUUGGCCUCCAUUAAGGCGGUACAAAUGUAGAGCUAACUGCCAUCUUUCCUUUGCCAUUUUGUCUAUGUCCACUGUGAAAUGAAAUAUAGUAUUUGUUUAAAGUAAAUCUGCCCUUAAUAUGUAUGUGAAAAAUAAGAGUUUAAAGCAUUCAUGUUUUAAAAUAAUACUGAUUAUUUCUUGAAAGUGUCUUGACUGAUCAUGUGAAGGGUGACUGUCAUUUCUAUCCUUACCAAAUUAAACUGUUAAUGAAAAGCAGAAGAGCACAUGCACAUUUGAAGAAAAGUUGAUAAACUGAAGUCUUAUGUUUAUUGACUUUUUCCUAUCUUACAGGUCACACACCUGUGUACUUUUAAUUCUCCAAUCUUAUUAUUUAUGAAGGCUAAAUUUAAUUGUGUAGGCUUUUAAUGUCUCCCUGUGGUUGGGGCACUGUUCACUAUUAGAAUAUUAUACCAUAGCAAAUCAAAAAGACUGUAUUUUCUAUUUAGAAUGAUUUCCAUUUUACCUUAAUGAUGAUUUUACAUCAUCUCAGACACUAAAUAUAAACUUGUUUAAAGUAUUUUUUUUUAAAUCUAAGGUACAUGUAAUUAUGCCUACUAGAUGAAAUCCGACAAAAGAAGAUAUUCACACUCAGAAGAAAAUCCUCAAUAUGAACUUUUCCCCUGCUCAUUAGCACUUCCUCUAAGGCAUACCUAACUUUUAGAAUGAAUGUACUAACUAUUUAAUGGCAUCUUUCCCCCUUAUGGGCCAGUUCUGAAUUGUCUUGAAUGUAUCAAGCCUAUUUAUAUUAUUCUAAUAAAGCUAUUUUUCAAAUGCAA